AUGGAUGAAAAGAAGUCAAAUUAUCUAGAUGAUAUUGAAGAAGUUGAUAUUGAAAUUACCACCGGGAUCAAUGUUUUUAUGUUUCUUAAUUGGAAACAAGAUUGGUUAAUUAUAACUUGUGGAAUUAUAUUAAUGACUACAUCUGCUGUUUGUACACCCUUGAAUACAUUAUUAUAUGGUAAAAUAUUUGCAACUUUAAGUGAUUAUUAUUUAAAUAAAUUUACAAAUUAUGAUUUAUUUAUUAAAGAAAUUUUAAAAUUAUGUGGAAUUAUUAUGGCAUUGGGUUGUGGUAAAUUAAUAUUAACAUUUCUUGGUAAUUCUAUAUGGAUUAAAUUUGGUGAAAUACAACAAUCAAGAGCAAGAACUAAAAUUUAUACAAAAUUAUUAAAUCAACAAAUUUCAUGGUUUGACACAAAUGAAAAUAUAAUUGGUAAUUUAACACAAAUUAAUAGAUGUAUUGAAGAAUAUAGAUCUGGAAAUGGUGAAGUAUUAGCUAGCAUAACUCAAACAAUUGGAUUAGUUAUAAGUUUAAUUAUAAUGUCAUUUUAUCAAUCAUGGGCAAUUACAUUAAUUAUAAUGGCUCCAGGUCCAAUUAUGGCUGGAUCUGCAUGGUAUUUUGGUAAAUUAACUUAUAAAUAUCAAUCGAAUGAGAAUGAUUUAAGUUCAAAAGCAUCAAAAAUUCUUGAUUGGAGUUUAACUUCACCAAUGAUUAUUCGUAUUUUCAAUGGUAAAUACUUGGAAAUUGCCAAUUUUAAUAAAUUAAUUAAUUCAUCAGCUAUUGAAUUUUUUAAAAUGUCAAAUGCAAUUUGUUUAAAUAUGUCAAUUUUAAAAUUUUUAAGUUUAUUAAUGUUUGUUCAAGGUUUUUGGUUUGGUAAUUUUUUAUUAAUUCAUCAUCAUGUUAGUAUAAAUCAAUUAUUUACAUGUUUUAGUUCUUGUUUAAUGUUGGGUGAUUCAAUUUCAAAGAUUUCUGAAUUGAUGGCUAUUUUAAAUACUGCCCAUGCAGCUGCUUGUAAAAUUGCAACAUUUUUAGAUAAUGUAGAUGAUGAAGUUAAAAUUAAUCUACUUUAUCCAACUGGUUGUUUAGGUACAAUUAAAUUUAAGAAUGUUGUAUUUAGUUAUCCAUCAAGAAAUCAAAUUAUUUUGAAUAAAAUCUCAUUCGAAAUUAAACAAAAUAAGUUUAAUUAUAUAAUUGGUAAAUCAGGAUGUGGGAAAUCAACUAUACCUUUGUUAAUUAUGAAUUUAUAUAAGAUUCAAUCAGGUACAAUUGAAAUUGAUAAUUAUAAUUUAAAUACGUUGGAUUCAAAUUGGAUAUAUGAGACUAUUACAUUGAUACAACAGAAUCCGACAAUUUUUAAUGACUCAGUUAAGAAUAAUAUAGCUUAUUCAGUUAUUAAUGAAUAUGAGUUAGAUGAAAUUCCUGAUCAAAUGAUUUUACAAGCUAUGGAAUUUGCAAUGAUUGAUAAAGAUUUAAAUUCAAAAAUUAAUCAGUCAUCAUUAUCUGGUGGUCAACAGCAAAGGAUAUCAAUUGCAAGAGCUUACUUGAAAAAUUCACCAAUUUUAAUUUUAGAUGAAGCUUUUAGUGCAUUGGAUUAUAACAACAAACAAAUUUUAUAUGAAAAGAUUAAAUUUUGGAGAAGGGGUAAAACUACAAUUAUAAUAACUCAUGAAUUUAAUAAUAUAGAUGAUGAUGAUCAUGUAAUUAUGUUGGAUCAAGGUGUUAAAUAUGAAGGUGAUUUUGCAAAUAUUAAGAAUGAUGAAUUUAUUAAAAUUUCAGAAAAGGAAACAACUGAAGAAAAGGAAAUCAUACCUGUAUCAAGCAAAGAAGAACUUUUCGAAGAAGAGCCAACGAUUAUGGGAGUAUUUGCAAUUUUAAACUAUUGUAAAAAUACAAUUGAUAAAAAAUUCAUCAUUUUAAUAGCUAUUUUUAUAUCUAUACUUGAAGGUGUUGCAAAUCCAAUAUUUUCAUUUUGCUUUUCAAAAUUAUUAUCAACUACAAUGAAUGCAUCAAUUGGUAAAGAUAUUAAUUCAGUCAUAAUUAAAUGGUCUUGCAUAUCACUUUCAAUUGCAUUUUCAAUUGGAGUAACUAAUUAUAUUUCGCAUUUUUUAUUAGCUUAUAGUUCUGAAUCAUGGAUUAUUCAACUUAGAAAAUUGUCAUUUGAUAAAAUCUGUCAUACUGAUUUAAAAGCGUUUAAUGGUUUAAAACCAGCUGAAGUAACAACUUUAUUGAUGAACGAUACAAGGGAUUUACGUGGUUUAAUAUCACAAUUUUUGUCAUUAUCAGUUAAUCUUGUGUCAAUGGUUUUAGUUGGAAUUAUAUGGUCAAUUGUAUCAGGUUGGAAAUUGGCAUUAGUGGGUAUUUCAUUUGUCCCAUUGGUUAUGCUAUUAACAAUUGUUUAUGGAAUUUUAUUAGAAAACGCUGAAAAUAAUUAUAAAUCAAGGGUUGUAGAUUUAGAAAUUCAUCAACAUCAAACUAUAACAACUUUAAAAACAAUUAAGCUAUUUAAUAUGAAUAAGUUUUUUGAAACACAAUUUAAUAAUCAUUUAAAAGAAAUUCGUAAAGUUGGUAAUAUUCGUGCAUUACAUGCUGGUUUAUCAAUGGGUAUAAAUGAUUUUAUAACUUCAUUAGCAACUGGUAUCAUAUUAUAUUAUGGUAUGCAAUUAACUGGUAAAUAUCAAUAUUCUCAUGAUCAAUUAUUACGAACUAUUACAUUAUUAACAUUUACAAUUUCAAAUGCAUCAUCUUUAAUUCAUCAAUUGCCUGAAAUUGCAAGAGGUCAAAGAGCAGGUACGUAUAUUGUUAAAUUAUUAAAUGAAGUUCAGGAAUCAAAAGUUGAAAAUGAUGGCAUAAUAAUCCCUAAACAUAUAAAUGAUCCAAUUAUUGAAUUUAAAAAUGUAAAUUUUUCGUAUGAGAAUAAUCAAGUACUUAAUUCAGUUACAUUUUCAGUUAAUAAAAAUGAAAUGGUUGGUAUUAUUGGAGAAUCAGGUUGUGGAAAAUCGACAAUUGUUUCAGUGAUUCUUCGACUUUAUGAAUCAGAAAAUGUUUAUUUAUUUAAUCAAAAUAUCAAUGAUUUAAAUAUUGAUUGGUUACGAGAAUCAAUUUCAAUUGUACCUCAAUUUCCUAAAUUUUUUGAUGGUUCAAUAUUUGAAAAUUUAAUCUAUGGAAUUAAUACAAUUCGACGAAUUUCAAUUAAUGAAAUUUAUGAUAAUUUAAAAAAAGUUGGAAUUUAUGAAUUUGUCAUUGGUUUAGCAGAAGGUUUACAAACUAAUAUCGGUGAAGGUAAUUCAAGCUUAAUUAGUGGUGGACAAUUGCAAAGAUUAUCGAUAGCUAGAGCAUUAUUAAGAAGACCCAAAAUUUUAAUAUUUGAUGAAUGUACAUCAAAUCUAGAUCCGAUAAGUACAACAUUAAUAUUUGAUUUGAUUGAAUCAUUUAGAGGUAAAUUAACAAUUUUGUUUAUAACUCAUGAUAAAGAAAUGAUGAAACUAUCAGAUCGAAAUUUAAUUAUAAAAAAUGGUAAAUUAAUAUCACAGUAUAUAUAUAAUCUAUAA